AUUAUAAUAUCCUAUUCUCCAAAGAGUUGGGUUGUAUGUUGUUCCUAAACCUCUUUGCGCUUUCAUCUGUGAUUGUUUGUGUGUGUCCAUUAGAGCCAAGUGCAGUGUCAGUGAAGACCAGUAUAGGAGAGGUCCUCGGCCGGAGAGGAGACCACUUCACUACGUUCCUGGGGCUGCCGUACGGGGAUGUGGACGACAAUGAUCCUCUCGGGCCAGCGACACCACACCCAGACUUCAAGACACCAUUCGAAGCCUUCUCAGACCUAGCGCUCUGCCCGCAGUUCGUCGACGGAGAGGCGACUGGGACCGUCCACUGUCUGCAGCUCAACGUGUACACCCCCAACCACGUGACGGCGGGAGACAAGCUGCCUGUCAUGGUGUACAUCCACGGAGGAGCCUUUGUGGAAGGGAACAGUCGCUUGUCAACGUUUUCUCCCAAAUUCCUAAUCAGGCAUGACGUGAUUGUGGUCGCAUUUCACUAUAGAUUGGGAAAGUACGGUUUUCCUAAACAAUUUCCAGGUAGAAAAGAGAAUAGAAACCAAGGAUUAAAAGACCAGUUUCUAGCUCUUAAAUGGGUCAAGAGAGUUAUAAAAGACUUCGGUGGGGAUGACGAGAAUGUCACUCUGUUCGGUCACAGCGCGGGGUCUAUCUCAUCGGACAUGCUUCUAUUAUAUACGCAAGGUUUAUUCCACAAAGUUAUUUUACAAAGCGGUAAUGCUGCCUUCCCCGGCUUAAUUGAACAUGUUGAUGCAAAAUAAGCACAAAAUUUAGAA